GGGAGGGAAAUUGACAAACACGUGAGACUGGUGGCGGCGGUUAGGAAGAGCUGCAGACGGAAUUGGGGCUUCUGGCUUCGGUGUGGUCAUGUUUCUUCAGUAUUACCUCAACGAGCAGGGAGACCGGGUCUAUACGCUGAAGAAGCUUGACCCUAUGGGACAGCAGACGUGCUCGGCUCAUCCUGCUCGGUUCUCCCCCGAUGACAAAUACUCUCGACACCGAAUCACCAUCAAGAAACGCUUCAAGGUGCUCAUGACCCAGCAACCGCGCCCUGUCCUCUGAGGGCCCCUUAAAUUUCGUGUCUCUGUUCCACCUCGAGAGACCUUCCAAAACCAAGCCCUUCAGUCUGUGAGCCUUGAAGCCUUCUUACCAUCCUUGCUGUUUGGAAUCCGGUUUCAUCGUUGCUUCUGAUGAUGCUUAUGUGAAACAGUCAUGGUAGCAUGCCCCUUAAGGGAAUAAUUUCGAAUCUUUCUAUGUUGUGAAUCACUGCCAGGUUAUUAAAUUGAUUUGAAAGAG